AUGGUUUCAUUCAUUCCUGGCACUCGGACUGUUUGGAAAGAAAAGGAGGACGUGAUUACGAAUUAUUCAAAACCUCCUGUUCCACCCAAGUAAGCAAAAGAAGGUUUCGACUGAUACCAAUAUGUACGCAAAUCUUGACUGCAUUUUGGCAUGGGAUGGCUGAUUUAAAAUUGUAAAAUAAAAUAUUAAACAAUGGGAUGGAAGGAUUGAUUUAGUCUAGAACACAAUAAUGAUGAACACUUCCACGCUACACUCUGGCAUCUUCAACACAUUUCCUUUCAACACUCACUGCUCGGCAAUUAUCAACAGCUCAUGCUCAACAUGGCAAAAGUAGGUUCUUAGCUCUUGAAAUCAACGUUUUCAAAAAUCAAUUGUCAAUCGUUUUGAAAUCAAUGGUGCUCAGUCAGCACAGAUGCAACCACAAUUUCGGUGUUCAAGUUCAUAAUUUUGACAAACUAACAAACUAUUUUUGGAAAUCCAUCAUUUUUGAUGCAUCAUGUAUAAUUUAGUUAGUUUAAUUUAAUUUACAGUGUGUAUGUGAUGCUAGUCACUGACAUGAAGACCUGAAACUUUUAUCAAGAUUGCUUAAAGGAAAGUCACUUUUAUGUCAUCCAAUUAAUGGUUCAACAAGAGAAGUUGGAGUAAACAUUUUAGAAAACGUGAGUGUGCUGAGCAACCAUUGGGAAUACGAAAUGUAAUUAAAUAAAAAACUAAAAGAAAGAUGCUAGGAACGUCACGGUGGACCAUCGUUGGAAAUAAGAAAGUACUGUGUCACUGAAUAAUAACUCCAUCAAACAACCCUGGAUCUUUUCAUUGAUUUGAGGCAUAUAAUUGUGGGUCAUUUGAUGGUGGUAAAUCAUAAAGGAAAGGAAAAUACUGUAUUAGGACCGUCGUGUGUAUUUUCCUUGUCAAAUUUUCUUGGAGACAAAUUGCUUUGAGACAAAUUUGAUUCAUGGCACAGAAAUUGAAUUGUGUUUGCAAGAAUCAAAGGCACGAUUGAUAACUGGUGUCUACACUGUACUUUAGUUUUGACUUGAGAACGGAAACAUUACACUUCCUUCAAGCCCACUCCUGGUGAUUCAAAACAAGCUUGAGUUCUAUGUAACUUGUUCAGAAUGGCAAGCAGCACAAGAGACCAUGGAACAGCAAUUUGAGAACAGCCAAGUUACAUGUAAUAGCCAACUGACGUUGGGCAGACAUCAAUAAUGCUUAUUAUCUGCAGUUUUGCUACAGCGCUUGAUGAGAAAUGGUAGCAGUUUCACAAUCAGCAAACAGUGUGACUAACAUGUAGCAGCAGAUUUUGGUGAUUUCGUGAAGCCGAUUUAUUGCUACGGUACAAGACUAUUGAUGACAUCCCUCAAGCAAGAGUUGACAUUUAAGACAAAAUCUGCAGGACAGAAACUUUUUAAUGGCUUUUGAUCAUACUGAGUUAAGAAAAGAAGAACAAGACUUCUAUUUUUAACUGGUCAACACUUCCACUCGUCAUGGAAACUACAUGGUCACCCAAUGAAGGAACAACUGUCACUACCAACACAACAGGAGACAAAGAUGAGAAUGAAUUCGACUCAACAACAUUGUUGAUUUUGGUAAAAGUUUUGACAGUACUUGCAAUCUUUCUGUGCGUCUUACUGAAUCCACUGAUGCUUGUCACUUUACGUCGUGUCACCAGCAUCCAGCCAACAACCAAAAUAUUCAUGGCUUCUCUCACCCUGUCUGAUCUGUGCAACAGUUUAUGCAGGAUCUUUGCUUUAACAGAAGAGUUGGCGGGAUCUUGGUUGCUGGGGGAUUUUCUCUGUGUGGUAGAUAGUGUGACUAUUUACUUAUUUAACGGGCUGGGCAUUAUUUCCCUCUUACUCUCGACUGUGGAUCGUUAUAUUGCCAUUUCCCGUCCUUUGCGAUACCCUUCAAUCAUGACUGUGUUCAGAUCAAAGAUUAUUGUGUUUAGCACGUGGGUUGCAAUGAGCAUUCUCUGCAUUUCGAUAUUUGGGAUUAAUAGUAGUCAAAUUGUCUCACUAGAUAGCCGUUCUUCCCAUUGCAUAGCAGAAUCAUAUGACUGGAAACGAUAUCUAAGUUUUACACUAGUUGUUAUCCCAAUUCUAUCAAUACUCAUCCUGUAUGCACACAUCGCCCUUGUAGCUCGCAACCAAGCCCGACGCAUUGCUGCUGAAAACCAAGCAGGCAAUGGUCAAGGUGGGCAGAGAAUAAACACCAGAUCAACCACCACCAUCAUCAUCAUAACAGGGACUUUAAUCAUCACCUGGAUGCCUACAGUAAUUUGGUUAGUGAUGAAUUCACAAAACAAAUCGGAGACUUAUGACAGUCACUUGGCCGCCAUGUUCACACAAGCUCUGGUGUUGUCCAAUGGAUCGCUCAAUGUUGUUAUUUACUAUCUGAGAAACAGGGAUCUUCGCCAGGCACUACGAGGUCUACUAUCUGACUGGUAUCAUAGUCUCAACCAAAGAUUUGUGCAUUAGUUUUGAAGGAAAAUUUCAAAAUAUCAGCACUUUGUUCAGUAUGCACUUUAACUGACACUUAAACACUCAGCGUUUAACAGUGCAAACGCUGGCGCUUUGCGGUUGCCAUGUGACUGCAUU